AUGGCAUUAUCCACUUCCCAGUCCAUACUGGAGUACACCCGCCAUCACAAUCUGACUUGCGAUCCAGAUUGGACAUUCGAGUUCGCAGAGGAUUUGGUCAUCGAAUUCUCGAUCGCCUUCAAGCUCGCACCACCAACCCAAUCGCUUGACGAGGACAUCAAGCACACCUGGAGUUCUUUAGACCUGAUCACUUCCCAGAAUGGAAAAGAGAAUUACAAACAACUGGAAUCACUGGAUAGCUGGCUCAUUCCUCAAGGUCGGUUGGCCUACGCCAAGGUAGUCCGGGAUCUGGUCAGGAGAUAUAAACAUUUGGAUCUAGCGGAUCCGGAUUGGUGGGGUGAUGGGCUAUUCGAGCCUCAACUCACUCCAAUCAUGGACGAUUACAUCCUCGCGAGGAGAAAUACUAAGGCUACGCCUAUCAGUCUGCAACCUGAUGAUUUGAACACAAUCAAAAAUUGGAUUUCUUUCGAUGGUCGACAGACAUUCACAGAUCUCUUUGCAGAUGGGGAGAAGCCUAUCCACAUUCCUACCCCGGAGGAAUUAUCAGAGACUACACUUCAGCUUUCUUCCCUACAGUAUCAAAAAAUGAAAGAAAACAAAGUGCAGAGGGGAGAAGUCGUCCGGGAUUUUUCGCCCCUCGUCAGCAUGGCUAGUGAUCUCCUGGAGUCAGAUGAGACACUGCCAAGCGAGACUUCACGACACGCAAUCUCACCUCCUUUGAUAGCUAGACAAUCAUCAACAUCUGCAGACUCGUGGCGCAUCAAGGGAAAAGAUUUUGUUAGCUCGGUCAUCAGCAAUCUUCGGGAAGAAGAAAUUCGGCAAUUCAGUCCUACUUUAUCAAACGACGCUUGGAACGACAUAGCAAGUCUGGUCCUAAGAGAAGUAUUUGCUCCACCAUCCCUCUUAGAUUCUUGCCUACGCCCAUCUUGCACACCGCCAUCAAGCCCAUCACCUCAUGAAAGUAACGAACAAAAGGAUGUUGCCAUCGAGUUUUUGUCCUCCUCGGCAGACCCAAACAACUGGGAUAAGCUUGAAGGACUAGAUAAUCCAUUCGAGACCGUUCUUUUCAGCCGUACCGAAGGAAUGCCUUUACAUCUGGAUAGAUCCACAUCUUUCAAUCCAAGGAAACACUGGGAUAUGGCCAGCUGUUUGUUUGAUGAACACCAACCUGCGCGAGCUUCUAUAACACCUGAACCUGCAUUUGAGGGCCGCAGUAAAGAAGGUAACCAAGAUUUACUGGAGAUCUUAAAUCAGUUAGUCGCGAACAGAGGAUGGGACGACCAGCAAUUUGAACACGAGAUCUUUGGAAGUCCAGGAGAAGCAGUCAAUCUCCACUCUGGACUGAAAAGAAUCCCAAUCGAUGAACCGGAUUGGCCCAUAAUGAAACAUGAAAUCAGCGAAGAGUUACUUCCCUCAAAUCUUGACGAGUUUAGGUUACGAGAACCAUGCAGUAUUCGAUCAAAAAACACAACAACCAUUUCGCGAGGUCUUCAAAAAGUCGAAGGACUGAAAGCGCUGAAUAUCGAGCUGCCUUGGAAUGCCUACAGCUUUCUACCUUCAACGACGCUCGAAAACCUGACCGACCUGGACUCCAAACCCGUCGAUGACGUGUCUACGGACGCCGGUUCCUCGAGCAAGGAUGGCUACUCAUUCAUCUCCAAAAGGCUUAAAAGCGAGCAUCCCCACCGCGAUGCUGAUGAGCCAUGGAUUAAACUGAGCGACUUCAUUGACCCAUCAUCAUCAAGUGAGAAUGAGUCUUAUUGCAGCCAGCUCGAUUUAGAUGGCAAGAACGAGUCUGGAGAAGUCCAUCAGGGAGCCGUUUCUACUCCAGAAUCCACCAAGCGAUCUACUAGCCCUACCAUAAGGACCGACCCGGACUUCGGGAAGGUCGCAUCGCCAACUGAGAGCUCUCGGGUGCCAAAUCACAGCUCUCAAAGUAACCCAUCAGACACCGACUGUUAUCCUAGAGGAUUCGAAGUACAAUCGGAUUUCGGAACCCAGAACGGGAACUCAGAUUGUACCGAAGAUGACGAAUUUAUAGAUCUCCUGGGAUUAAGAUCAGUGGAUUCUUCAGCAGAUAUCCAAAACCAUGGUUUCUACGGGGUUUGGACAAUGUCAGAACCCCCAAACAUGUGAUAUUUUCCCCCAGCCCAUUAGUUUAUCAGGCCCGAGAUUAUGAUAGCUUUCACCCAUAAUUUUCAUUCAUUUUUUAUUUGGAUGAUCGGCAUUUCCUCUGUGUUAAAAUACCUGCAGAAAUUAAAAGAUCACUCUU